AUGGGCGAAGACCGCCCCAAGCACCAGCCAAUCCACGAAGCAGUCCGGCCCCUCCUGGACCCCGAAUACGUCGCAUUCCACGACAAAUACCUGCAAUACGUCGUCCCCGACGACAAAAAAAUCUGGGACGGCUCAGCCCGCACGACAGCAGCGUCCUGGGCGCCUACGGAAUCGACACCAGUCCAAGUAGGAGCCGUCCGCGACAUCAAGCCCGGCCCAGGCCGCCAUUUCGACCUCCGCGUCUGGACCCCUGAAGUUGAUUCGAGCCCGGCGUCUGGCUAUCCAGUCUUCCUCUGGUUCCACGGCGGCGGAUGGGCCGUCGGCAGCGUGGCCGCCGGCAACGACAUCUGCGCGCUCAUCUGCCAGCGCGCCGCCUGCGUCGUCGUCUCGGUCGGCUACCGCCUCGCGCCCGAGCACCCCUUCCCCGCGGCCUUCGAUGACGCGGUCGGGGCGCUGCGGUGGGUGCGUUCCACCGAGGGCGCCCAGGAGCUCGGCAACAUCGACAACGCGCGCAUCGCGGUGGGCGGCACGUCCGCAGGCGCGCAGCUCGCGGCCUCCCUAAGCCUACAAGCGGCGCUGCUGCAGCCGCCGGUCGAAAUCGCCUUUCAGAUGCUCGUGUUGCCGGUCAUCGACAACACGGCGACGACGAGCACGACAUGGGCGUCUCGGGCGAACGCGCCUUGGCUUACGCCGGCGCGUAUGCUGUGGUAUCGGAAGAUGUAUCUGCGCGAGGAAAGCGACGCGCUGAGGUGGGAGGCCUCGCCGAAUCUGGCGCCGAGGGACUUGUUGGCGAAGAGCCCGCGGACGUGGAUCGCGGUUGCGGAGCAGGAUCUGCUGGUGCCGGAGGCGGAGGCGUAUGCGGUGCAGUUGAGAGAGGCUUGGGAGCUCUCGAGCGUGGAGAGGGCGGAUGGGGAGGUGGUGGUGAGUCGGUAUGAAGGGUCUACGCACUGUACUCUUGCGUUUAGUGGGAUUCUGACAAAGGGUCAGCAGUUAUUGCAGGAUGCAGCAAAUCAGGCCGCUGCUUGGUUUCAACGAUGA